AUCUCUCUCCCUCUCUGUCUCUCUCUCCCUCUCUCUCUCUUUGUCUCCCUCUCUCUCUCUCUCUCUCUCUCUCUUUGGCUGCCUUUACACUACCAUGUCUUCAUGCCCAGUUCCGAUUGGUUGCCUACAUCCGAUUUUUCCUGACUGCUGUUUACAUUUUCUAUAGAAGUGAGCCAUAUCUGAUAUCUGUAUUUACAUCUCCUUUGCUUGUGUCACCGGUCUGGCUUGCGUGAAACAACCCGCAUGCGCAGACGCAGUUUGGCCAACAAAGCGGAAGAGGAAAUUGGCAGUCGAGUUGUAAACAAAGAUGGACGCUGAGGAAAUAGACGUAUGUUGUCAAGCACUGUUUUUCCAACGCACUUUCAAAAGUGCACAGAACAUUUGCGGCAUUUUAAUGUGGAGGAGAAAGAAGAGAGCCGUUAUUAAGGCCUGGGCAUAUGCUGCAGUUAUCGCUGCCACGUCGGUUCAGUGCAACGUGUGGGCACUGGAAAGGACUCAAGAUUGGUGGGAUCGUGUUGCGGUAAACUGGAACCAGGAAGAAUGGGUCAGCAACUUUUACAUGCGGAGAGAAACGUUUAACAUGUUGUGUGAGCAGCUGUCGCCAAGGCUCUCCUACAAGGAUACAAAAUUUCGCCAGGCAAUCCCAGUGCAGAGGCGUGUAGGAGUCGGACUAUGGUGGUUUGCUACAGGAACUGGUUAUCGCACAUUGGCGCAUCUGUUUGGUAUCAGCGAGGCAUCAGUAUGCCUGAUUGUCCGCAAGUUUACCCAGGCCGUACGAUAUGAAAUGCUGCACGAAUACAUCAAACUACCAGAGGAUGAAGUGCUCCAAACUGUCCUCGAUGGGUUCAGUAACUGCUGGGGGUUCCCACAGUGUGCUGGGGCUAUCGAUGGAAGCCAUAUCCCCAUCAUUGCUCCUGCUGAAAACCACACAGAUUACUUCAACCGAAAGGGAUGGCAUUCCAUGCUGCUGCAAGCAGUGGUGGACCACAGAUUUUGAUGCACCCUUCUAUAAUUGAAACAGGCUGAAGUGCACAACCGUGUCGCCAUCUGUGUUUGCGUGUCCUCUCUGCCCCAGAUUCACUACCAAAACGAAAAGUGUCAUCCAGAGGCACUUGGCGAAUCAUGAGGCAAAUGCAGUGCAUUUC